AAAGGCAUACUUUUCAUUCAUAUUAUUUUUAUCCUUUGUAAUUUUUCAAGAAAGAAAUAUUUCUUUAGUGUUUAAUAGGUCCAAAACUCGAAAAAAAAUCAAAUAAACAUUAAACUCCAAAUGGAAGUUGACCUUUGCUUCGUUAUGGACUGUACUGGUUCUAUGGGGGAAUACAUUGAAGGUGCCAAAGAUGCUAUCGAAAAAGUAGUAGAAUACAUGGCAAAAUUGGAACCAGCAAUUAAAAUUCGGGUCGGUUUCUGUGGUUACCGUGAUCACUGUGAUAACCCUAUCCGCUUACAGGUUUUUGAUUUCACUUAUUCUUGCGAAGAAUUCAAAAAUUAUCUAUCGAAUGUUCCAGCUACAGGUGGUGGUGGAGAUGGACCGGAAGAUGUUCUGGGCGGACUUAACGCAGCCGUAACCAAAAUGACCUGGCGAAAUACUACCCGCGUCCUUUUACACAUCGGUGACUAUCCACCACAUGGCCAUCAAUUCGAUAAUCCAGAAGAUGACUAUCCGGACGGCGACCCAUAUGGCCUUACUGAAGAACAA